UGAACGUCGGAGUGGGUGAUUUCGACCACCGGUGUAUUUUCAUGUAUUUUCAAGACGAAUUUCUUAACAUACAUCAGUGGCGGAUCUUCGGCUCUUUUCAAAUGUUGUAAAAGUAAUUCGUUGCUAAGUUGUAUGUUGUCACUGAAUUUGAAAUCGUAGGUCAAACAAAUAAACACUUUGAUAGAAAUCGUGGAAUGGUCCCUUUUAUAACCCGUGCGAUGGAAUCACAUGGGGAAGGCAGGAGAGAAUGUCAACGAUCAAUAGUAUUACGAAAAUGAAUUGGUGAUUCGUACGUUAAAAUUUUGUGUACAACAUGGUGUCCGGGGACCACGAAAGGUUGCUGCCCGAGCCGGAGAACUUUGCGAAAUGCUUUUAUGAUCUCUUCAAAAGCAUCGCCGAAGCACAAAGACAAAAAGAAGAAUGGAGGAAAUGCAAAAAAAAUAAAUCUAUAAGAAAAAGAGACAAAAAAAAGAUUGAUUUAACUGGAGAUUUGAAUUAUAAUAACCCACCGGAAAUUGAUUUAUCUUGCAAUGCUUCUGCAUUUGCUGUGUUUACUAGUGUUAGAAGUGCUAUUUUGGAAAGACAUGCUAGGACAACAAGCGAAGUUUAUAGGGCGUUAAAUUGCAAUUUUCCAACACCACCAGAGCUUAGCGAAACUAUUGAUACAGAAAGUGAUGAUGAAGAUAGGAUAUCGACUAUACAAAACUUACCAAAGAUUGUAGGUAUUGGUUUAAGAAGUGUUUUCACAUUAAUGCGAGAGAGUAGAACAAUCGAACCUCUUUUAUGUACAAAAGCAUUGUCUGCUUUAUUGGAUAUAUUGCAAGGACAACUUCCCGAAGGCCUCAAAUCCGAACCAGAUGAUGUUAUCGAUCCACUUUUUGAUUUAUUAUUAGAUCUUGCAACUUCGCAUGGCCCUGAAUCAGCUGCUGCGAAUGACGGUAGUCAUUUGACAGCAGUUGCUUGCGCCUGUUUAUUAAGUCUCGUGGUUGUUAGAGGUGAUACUGGUCGUCUGUUGGCAGCGAUAGCUGCUUUACUCAUGUGUCCUAGAGCAUUAGCAGUCCAAAAUAUCCAAAUGCCAUGUGUAUUAACAUCCUUACAAAGGAGUGUACAAGCUGUUUUACUGGGGAAACUCGCACGACCAGACUGGAUUACAUAUGGAGUUCCUAAAUGUUCUAAGAUUUAUACUUCUAUGCUUAAGUUACCAAAUGAAAUAAAUAAUAUAGUAUUGAAUGGAAGAAGUUUUGUGAGUGACGGAAAGUACCUGUAUUUGCAUACAAGUAGAGGAUUAUUAAAAAUUGGUAGUGGCCAUGGUGGAACUAUUUGGGGUCAUCUGUAUCUUCAGAGAAAAGAUUUUCAUCCAACUGAAACGGGUUGGCUCGGCUAUGCAAACAAUACACUAUACUUUAAAUGCACACCCAGAAAACAGACUGAAUUAUUAAUUAUUGAUGCAGAAACAUUGGUAGUCACAGGAAUUGCUGUUUUAGAAGGUCGUGAUUGGUCAUCUUCUGUUAUGUUCUCCGAUGGUGAAUGUGUAGGAAUGAUAACGGCUGGAAAAGACGAUGGAUUUGUAGUUAGAACAAUAAACAUGUUAAGUAAUCCAGUAACAGUUGCAACAGAAUUGCCACUGAAACUAGCACGGAAAUGUGUAGACGUUUUCGGCUAUGCUGCUUUCGAUGAAGAACAAGUGGUUCAUACAUUAAAUCCUGGUUGUGACGAUGAGAUUGCUACGAUUACAGCAGGAAAGGAAUUUGGUUUAUUAAAAACAAUAUCUGGCAAAGUAUUAUAUACCGGGAAAGGAACUAGUCUUGGUAUGAAGAGUAACACAAGGCCUAAUAGGUGGGUGGAACUCACCCUUGGAAAAGGGCCAAGACUUGUAAAUUUUGCAGCCGGGCACGAUGGCCAACAUGUUGUCAUGAUUUUGGAAGAUGGUUCAGUCUUGUUUGCGGGUACUGCUAGACGCGGAGAAGACGGCGAUAGCAGUAAAGUUCGCCGACAACCUAAGCCAGUUAAACCAAAAAAGAUAGCGAAGGUAGAAGGACAGUUUAUCAUAGAUGCCGCAUGUAAUAAUGGAUCAACAGCGUUAGUCACAAAGGAGGGCUCUUUACUUAUGUUUGGCAAAGAUACUUUACAUAGCGACCCAGCAUCCGGAAUAGUCACUGAUCUCAGAGAUGUUUGCGUCGUGCACGUUUCAUUAGGAAAAGCUCACGCAGCAGUAUUGACUAACAAAGGUCAUCUCUACACAUUUGGAAUCAACAACAAAGGACAAUGCGGAAGAGGUUUUACAACAGUUCAUACCAUUAAUAAAAAUACAACAGUCGUUGCUAUGGAUAUGGGAACAGUAGAGGAUGAGAUUUUAGGAACUGAAGAAGAUGCUGUAGAACCUGCAGAAGAGUGGGAAGAAACAAAAGGUAUGUGCCUCCCAGGACAGCAUCAGUGGAGGCACCGUGUCUGCAUGGUUUGCACAGUAUGUCGAGAGUGUACCGGUUACAGCAUAUCCUGUACGAGUAGCAUACGUCCUGAUCGAAAUCCUGGCCAGGAAUGCGGAUGCGGUGAAGGCGACAGUGGAUGUGCAGAGUGUGGAUGUUGUCGUACCUGUGCCAGGAAAAGUUGCUAUAUUGGUAAAACAAGUUCGAACUUUCGGGAAUACUUACAAAAGCGACUAGGAGAAAUAAAACAGAGACAAAGGACUAAGGCAGGACCAAGCACUGCAAAAUAUGGGAUGAAGAUGAAAGGUCCGAAUAAUCAAAGAUUGGCAGGACCAAGCGCGGCACAGAAAAGUAAUCUUGGAAAAAUCGUACUUGGAUUUAGUAGUAACUUAAUGACGGAGGAUGGUGUUGGAGGAAGCGAUGUAGAACGAGGCGACGCUACACGAAUCGCUAGUAUACCACCUGCUAGAGUUCCUAUACCCAGCGAGAGCCCUGUGGUCCAAGUGUCAUGUGGUUUGCAUCACACAGUGAUACUCUUACAAAAUGGAGAAGUUUAUACAUUUGGAAGCAACAUAUAUGGCCAAUUAGGCGUGGGAGAUUUAGUAGCUCAUGCUGGACCAGUUCAAGUUAAAAUACCAGGAAUAGCUACACAGGUGGCUGCUGGAAGUAAUCAUACUGUUAUACUCACAUCAAAGGGCGAAGUGUAUACGUUUGGAGCUUAUCAAAAAGGACAAUUGGGCAUGAAUUGGUGGAAUGGACAAAACGAAUCAUCAAAUACCACUACUCAGGCUAAUCAUCGAGCCGAUAGAACACAACCAUGGCAUAGCUAUCCAAAUUUAGUUGUAAAUAUCGGUCCACGUUGGGGCAGACGAGCGACAUGGGUCGGCGCGACCGGGGAUCAGACUUAUGUCAAAAUUGAUGAAAUAAAUUCUAUUAGUUUAACAAGGAGUACUGUUAUGGCAAAUAAAAACUGCAUAAUUUUAAUUCCACAUCAAAACGAUCAUGCAAAUUCCUUCAAAUGUUUAGUCAUAAGUAAAAGAGACGGCACUUGCAAUAGUUACAGCGGAUCAGAUCAAGUCGACUUUAGUAGUUGUGCAACGUGCUUAGAUCCUUUGUAUAACGUCAUUUGGACUUUCAAUCCAACAAAUAACGAGAUCAGUUUGUACAACAUUAUAUCCACGGAGGCUAGAACGAUUCCUGGUUUGGAAGUUUCCAUUUUGAGCCCAGGUUUGGCACUGCCCGUUGUGUCCAAUUGUUUUGUAACGCGUUCUCAAGCUGCAAUGCAUUUGUUGGGAUGCUUGGACACCUUGACACAGGCUCAAGAUGAAAAUUUGUCUAUAAUCGAAGAAAACGAAUGCAAUCAGACGACGCAAGGCAAAAUAUAUAGCCGCGAAGAUUUUGUCACAGUUAACAGAUUUGAAAGUCUUGGCGGUGGUUGGGGCUAUACACCGCACUCUAUCGAGGCCAUCAGAUUUAUGCCCGAUACCGAUAUUUUACUUGGUGGAUAUAGUUUGUUUGGCGGUCGUGGAGAGUACACGGCAAAAAUAAAACUUUUCGAUAUUGGAAUGGAUGGAGGGGAUCAGGAAAAUGACGGCGAACUUUUAGCGGAAUCGGAGGACGUGCCAUAUGAAUGUAGACCGAGACAGAAAUGUUCUAUCCUAUUCGACGAACCAAUUUCCUUGCAAGCAAACAGGUGGUAUGUUGCUUGGGCUAAAGUCAGUGGACCUGCCAGCGAUUGUGGAUCUGGUGGUCAAGGAAUGGUCACAGCCGAAGAUCAAGUUAUGUUUUACUUCAAAUCUUCCAAAAGAUCUAACAAUGGAACAGACGUGAAUGCCGGACAAAUUCCGCAGUUAUUGUAUCGAGUUGUUACACCUGAAAACCAGACUCCUAAUAGACAAAGAUAUCAAAUUGAACCAGUUUACGUGUUAAAAAGAGAUUUUAGUCGGACAGUCACCAAAGAAUGUUUCCAGUCAUUAAUAUCGUUACUCCAAUGGAGUUGGAAUACAUUAAAAGCAUCAUUGAAUGAUACCAUGACUCAUACUACAUCAUCUUUUCAUGCGUUGCUUGAAAUGGAGCGUCUAGUUUAUAUUAGCAAAGCCAGUUUGCGAUUACUUCGAACGUACACCAAUGAAAUUUAUCCGAAUCAGAUUGGCAAGAAAACUCCAACCGAAUCGGUGCGUCUAGCAGAAUGCAUUGGCGAAGUGCGUGCUUUAUUGCAUCAAAUUUUGUCCGACACUGUGCCAUGUAAUACCAAAAGUAAAGGAAAAACGCGAACAAGUAAAAGUUCCGGUGCCAUAAAUAAUAAAGUGACAAACAGCAUUUUGGACGAAUGUCAUAGAACGUUUGUAGCAUGUUACCAUGCAUUUUAUCCUACAGCAUAUUUAAAAUGGACAUGUCUCUACGAACUGCUAUCUGAGAUUGAUAGAGAGCAAGGAAGAACAACAAAGGACAGAUUGUUAUCCGCAGUAUUAGCUUCUCUAUGCAAUCCUACAAUCCGUCUACGAUGUACAUUUCCAAUUUUAAAUAAUAUUAUGGAGAGCAGUGAUAGCAUUAAACGUCAGCUAAGUCCGUCAGACAAUACAGGCUUGUUAAUGAUAAACUCAACUGAGAAUCAUCAGUAUCCAAUUUUAGUUGAACAAAUUAGUUACAAGUCGCAAAUGGAGAAUUCCGGGAAAGAGACAUUGAAUUGGACAUUCCGCGAUGUUCUCGACAGAUUGUUAGAUUUGAUCUUGGUGCCCGUGAAGAAAAGUUUGUGCAGAGAAAAAACUCAAUCACUGCCAGAAUUGGUUCUCCAUUGCUGUUAUUUAUUAGAGAGGGUGAUCGCUGAAUUGGCUGCACAGUCCAGUGGGAACGAAGAUGAACUUCAGGUUGCCUGCGGCAGAAUUAUGUACACUACACCCUCGAGAUUCACUCGAGUCGUACAAACGAGAUCUUGGAACACUGGUAAUGGUUCUCCAGAUGCAAUUUGUUUCUCCGUCGAUCAACUUGGAAUUGUUAUCGCUGGGGUGGGAAUCUACGGUGGUGUUGGAGUAUACGAUUAUGAAUUAGAAUUGCUCGACGACCAAAAUAACACAGGCAACGAUCCAUCUCACACUCAACGUUGGAGUAGUUUGGAUUUUACACGCGGUUCAUUUGGUCCGGACGAUUGUGUGAAUGACAUAGUAGAAUUAAAAUUUGAUAAACCCGUUCCUAUAAAGGAAAAUGUAAAGUACGCCAUUAGAUUGAGAAACCGUGGCGGACGAACAAGUAAUGGCGACGGCGGCCUAAGCGUCGUUAAAGGACCGGAUGGAACAACUUUCACAUUUACAGCUUGUUCUUUGAGUUUUAAUGGUACAACACAAACAAGAGGACAAAUCCCACACAUACUAUAUUAUUCAAACCCUCAAGAUUCUGAUGGACAAUACACGAGUAAGGCGAUGGCUGAAGUACAAGCGAGAAAAUGUACUCUUUCUAUGACAGCAACAAUCAUUCAACGGUCCAAUGAAAUUUUUGCACUAGCAAGAGAAAAAGCGGAAGAAGUGGUAGCCACUGAAGUUUUAGGGAAUGCGACAUUUGUAACAACUCUUUUGCCCUUGCUUAUGGCGCAUAUCAGUCCACUAGCUACAUCGGAUCCAAGAAGCGGCGUACAAGUUCUAACUCUAAUACAGGAAAUGCUUCCUCACGUUGCUGCAUUAAACUUGUUAUCCUCGAUGGGAUCGUCUCAAGUGUCUCAAGACAGCAGCGAAGUUCAGUCCCACGUAUCUCCGCCCAUUACCACCAGUCAUCACUACACGUGGUUGGAAAGUGAGCAUCCUUAUAAACCUGCCACGGUGUCCCAUUACAAAGUCUCUUUCCCGGAUACAGUCAAAUGGAUAUCCAUCGAAUUCACCCCAGAAUGUGGCACCGCUCAGCCGGAGGAUUAUUUGCAACUAUACAUUCCAAACAUAAUCUCGAACACUUUAUCGGGAACACCUGCGAACGCAACAACAGAUGAUCCACCUUUGCAUUGGCCAGUAUUGCACAAAAUGAGCAACGUCCAAAGCCAAUGGCCCCAAAACGCGGUCGUAUUACCAGGUAAUGAAGUGAUAUUCUCAUUGGAAACUGCUUCGGAUUAUAUGAAGAAUGAAGGAGCAAUCACCUACGGGUUUAAAUGUCUGGUUAUCGGAUACGACUGGAUAUCGUCCGGGAAUGGGUUGAAAAAUUUGGAAACUGAAUUAUCAUUCCUUGGUGGAGCUUGUGCUGCAAGUCUUAUGAAGAAGAACCUUGCAUUGCCAACUGUGUCUAAUGAAGAAGUUGAAGAGGAUUCGGAGUCGAUGCAGGAGACCGCAGAGAGGAUUUUCUCAGUGCAUUCAACUCUACUUGGACGAGGAUUCGCCCUGGCGUCACCUCCUACCGUCACCCAGGCACUCGACGGCGUUCUUCCGUUCAGGUGA